AAGAAAAUAAUAUUUUAUUAAGCCCUACAGCAAUUCUUACAGACUUUGAACUUGCCGCAAUAAACGCAUCACGUAUUGAAUUUCCUAAUGUUAACAAUAAGUGUUGCUUCUUUCACUUAGAACAAAGCGGCUGGAGAAAAAUUCAAGAGAACAAACUAUCAACUCGUUAUGGUCUUGACGAGGAUUUUAGUAUAAAACUGCGUCAGUUGUUUGCAUUAGCAUUCUUACUGUCAAAUAAAAUUCCUGCAGCAUUUGAUGCCUUAAAGGAGGAAAUGCCCACGGAAACCAAGGAGGUAGUAAAAUGGUUUGAGGAAAAUUACGUUCAUGGUAAACAAAUACGACAAAUACGUAAUGGUAAUAUUAGCCGUUCACCACCCCUUUUCCCGCCACAAAUGUGGUCCAUGCAUGACUCCAUGGAAGCAGUUAAGCAUCAAGUAGAAGCUAUUAUAUAUGGUGCACAACGUCAAACACCUAAAAAAGGUACUAUUGAAAGAGAACAAAG